GUGGUCCUCUCAUUACUUUUGGCUUGCCAUGCUUGUGUCUUAAGAGAAGCUUGUCGCUAUGUUUGUCAAUUUAUGUUUUCAAAAGAAAGUAAACUAUACAAGCUUCUGAAAAAGAUCUUGUCAUAGAUAUUUUGGUAGGAGAACAUUUAUUGAUAUAAAUGCCAACCAAAGUUGGUCUAAUUCUAACCCCAUAUUGAGAUAAAGAUUUCGUCUUCGACUUAAUCGUUGUAUCUAUAUAUAGUUCUCUCUUUUCAUGUACAAAGAUCAUCAAUUCCUCUUAGUAUAUAUCAGAACCAGGUUUUGAUAUAGCUUAUGAGCCCACCACACAUGUGAACAUUCAAGCUUGUUCUUUCUUAUUCCCUCUGUUUAGAUUCAUUCCUAGUCCUAAUUCUCAUAAAUGCCAAAGAACAUUUGCUCUGUCUUUGUAUAGGAAAGUUACAUUGAAAGAUGAAGAUACAAUGUGAAGUGUGCGAGAAGGCUGAAGCAGAAGUACUUUGUUGUUCAGAUGAAGCUGUUCUAUGCAAGCCAUGUGACAUUAAAGUUCAUGAAGCUAACAAAAUUUUCCAAAGACAUCACCGAGUCGCCUUACAUAAAGAUGCAUCCUCAGCCACCACAGCCUCUGGAGCUCCUCUAUGUGAUAUCUGCCAGGAGAGAAAAGGGUACUUCUUCUGCUUAGAGGACAGAGCAUUGCUGUGUAAUGAUUGUGAUGGAGCCAUUCACACAUGCAAUUCUCACCAAAGAUUUUUACUUUCUGGAGUACAAGUUUCUGAUCAGUCUUUAACUGAAAACUCCGAAUGUAGCACUAGUUUUGGCUCUGAAACUUGCCAGAUUCAGUCAAAAGUCUCUCUGAAUAGUCAGUACUCUAGUGAAGAAACUGAAGCUGGAAACUCAGGGGAGAUAGUACACAAGAAUCCUUCUGUAAUCUUAAGACCUUAGAGAUACACACAACAUCAUGGUUCCGGCCGGAGCCAUUGAAGUCUAAUAAUAAAAGUUGCUGUAAUUAAGUAAAUAUAUUAUUUCACUCAGAAGAAAAACUGGUUGAGGAAUCAAAUCCCUUUGUUACAACAAAUAUAUUAAAACAUGAUUUAACAACUAAAG